AUGUCAAACAAGUUCCACUGUGACGUUUGUUCGGCCGAUUGCACGAAUAGAGUGAGAGUUUCAUGUGCUAUUUGCCCAGAAUACGACUUAUGCGUUCCAUGCUUUUCACAAGGCUCGUAUUCAGGAAACCAUCGCCCAUACCACGAUUACAGAAUAAUAGAGACCAAUUCAUAUCCCAUUCUCUGUUCCGACUGGGGCGCCGAUGAAGAAUUGCAAUUAAUCAAAGGUGCACAGACCUUAGGGCUCGGCAAUUGGCAGGAUAUUGCUGACCAUAUAGGCAGCAGGGAUAAGGAGGAAGUUAAGGAACAUUAUUUAAAAUAUUAUCUGGAAAGCAAUUACUAUCCAAUACCCGAUAUCACUCAAAAUAUACAUGUCCCACAAGAUGAAUUUUUAGAACAGCGAAGGCAUAGAAUCGAGUCCUUUAGAGAAAGACCAUUAGAGCCUCCAAGGAAGCCCAUGGCAUCGGUUCCCAGCUGCCAUGAAGUUCAGGGGUUUAUGCCUGGCAGAUUAGAAUUCGAAACAGAAUUUGAAAAUGAAGCGGAAGGUCCCGUAAAAGAUAUGGUUUUUGAACCCGAUGAUCAGCCUUUAGACAUUGAAUUGAAGUUUGCCAUCUUGGACAUCUACAAUUCUAGAUUGACGACAAGAGCAGAAAAGAAAAGGCUAUUAUUCGAAAACCAUUUAAUGGAUUACAGGAAAUUGCAAGCUAUUGAUAAAAAAAGGAGCAAAGAAGCUAAAGAACUCUUCAACCGCAUAAAACCUUUUGCCCGUGUUAUGACUGCACUGGAUUUUGAAGAAUUUAGUAAGGAUAUACUAGAAGAAUUACAUUGCAGGGCAAGAAUACAGCAAUUGCAGGAAUGGAGGAGCAAUGGGUUAACAACAUUAGAAGCAGGUCUCAAGUAUGAACGAGAUAAGCAAGCUAGAAUUAGCACUUUUGAGAAAUUUGGCUCUUCUACGGCGGCAUCACUAAGUGAGGGUAAUGGUCGUUAUAGGUCGAAUUCCGCACAUAGAUCGAACGCUGAAUAUACCCAAAACUAUAGCGAAAAUGGCGGUAGAAAGAAAAAUAUGACUAUAAGUGAUAUUCAGCAUGCACCUGACUACGCGCUGUUAUCCAACGACGAGCAGCAACUUUGUAUUCAGCUCAAAAUUUUACCAAAACCGUAUCUCGUCAUAAAAGAGGUAACGUUCAGGGAGCUAUUGAAGACUGGCGGUAAUCUGAGCAAAAGUGCAUGUAGGGAACUUCUCAAUAUAGAUCCCAUAAAAGCAAACAAAAUAUACGAUUUUUUUCAACAUCAAAAUUGGAUGUGA